GAGCCCAACCCAAAGCAGAAGCCCAGCAUUGAAUUACUGAGGUGAGAAGAGCAGGGGGAGAUCGAAGAGAGAGAGAGAGAGAGAGAGAGAGAGAAGUCGGGAAGAGAUUUUCAAUGGCGCAGCAAGCAGUGCAGAAGAACACACUGUACGUAGGAGGACUGGCGGAGGAGGUCAACGAGUCCAUACUCCACGCCGCUUUCAUACCCUUCGGUGACAUUAAAGACGUAAAGACCCCUCUCGACCAAGCCACCCAAAAACAUCGUUCUUUUGGCUUCGUCACCUUCCUCGAGCGAGAGGACGCCGCCGCCGCCAUGGAUAAUAUGGAUGGUGCUGAGCUCUAUGGCCGAGUCCUCACCGUCAAUUAUGCCCUCCCUGAGCGCAUCAAGGGUGGUGAACAGGGUUGGGCCGCUCAGCCUAUUUGGGCGGAUGCGGACACUUGGUUUGAGCGUCAACAACAAGAAGAGGAAAUGCUACGUAUUCAGGCAGAAAACCGGGCUGCGAUGCAGGAGGCAGAAGAUUUGCACAGAAAGAAAUUGGCUCAAGAGCGAGAAGGGGAAAUAGAAGAAACAGAAAGCAGGGAUGAUCCCAUGGCCAUGGCAGAGGCAGAAGUUUUGAAACAGAAUAACUAAACUAACUGCUAUCAAUUUAAUAUGAUUACACUCUGGAGAAGUUUUUUAUUAGUAAAUUUGCCUGCUAAUUUCUUUUUUUCUUUUUUGGUCGGGAAGAUGAUGAAGCCAACUCAUUUUAGUUUUAAAAGUAACCACUGGUGAGGUUAUUUGGCAUGAUAUGGCGAUGAACUCUGGUAAACUUUUGGGAAUAUAAUCAUAGACAAUAUCAGGAAAGCCCAGCUGAGCGCUGUAGUCUUAUAUUUCCAUUUGCUUAGAAUGAACACACGGAAUGUGAGAAAAGGUCUUAUCAUUUCCAAUUGUUGUGAAAGGAAUACAAUUUCUAUAGAGCGUGACAUGUAACAUAAUAUCAGAAACAGGUCGCCAAUGUGAACCUCUUCGUACUCUUGCGUGUACAGUAUUUGAAAUUCAAAUUUGUAAUUCUCUUUA